GUUCAAAAACGCGUGGUUGGAAGUGGAAGUGAGCCGGAAAAAGCGGCGGGUGUUUCCGCGCGUGCAUGCUGGCAUUGAACUUCACGCACAUGCAUCCUCUCCAUCUCGCUACCUUGACAAUCACCACAAUGUGACAAAGUCCCGCAACAAGAUGGCAAACCCAGACACUCUACCACCAAAUGAACAAACACAACACCCAAAACGAAAACGCACUUCCACCAAACCACCCACAACCUCAAUAACUCUCAGCAACCCCCACUGGUCCUACAUCCACCUCCAACACCUCCCCUCCACUACCGCCAACAGCAAUACAACCCCAAACACCACCCCCCUCGACGCCCCCACAAUCCACCUCCACCUCCGCUCCGCCCUGACCCAAUUCCUAGGCCUGCACGGCUCAGCAAUUGCCUUCGACAUCCUCAAAAUCGAGCAUCACAACGUCUGGCUGCGCGUGCAGGCCGAGGAUCGCGUGGCCUUCGUGGCGGCGAUUGGAGGGUGGGUCGGGAAGGACGGGAGGGAGGGAUGGAGGGUGAAGGGGUGGAGUUAUUGGGAUGCCGGCGGGGGGUCAGACGGUGAUGCCGGGGGACUUUUCGAUUGAAGCCUUGCCUUGGGUGGUUUGAUAGUGUUUCAAGAUUGGACGUCAUGGGGUAUACCUAGCUAGCAUUACAGCAUCGACCAAAGCUGUGGGUGAGGUCUCCUUCACCCGAGAUCGACGCAGGCGCGCGCGACGGCCGCGGCAUCUAUAUCUGAGCGCAGAAGCA